GUCUUUAAUAUGCACCAAUAGCCCCAGACGCCAUCUCUACCCCACCCCCAUAUUACAAUCAUAGAAAAUGGGAUCGGAAAAAGGAGAAUUCACGGUGACGGUGAGCAAAACCGACGUGGUGGCGCCACUGGUGCCGUUCCAAGAGCACUGGCUGCCGUUCACCAACCUAGACUUGCUUCUGCCGCCGCUCGAUUUCGGCGUUAUCUUCUGCUACAAUAAACCAGUGUCCGCCAGCAGCGGCAUGGUUAGUGUUCUGAAGAAGGCCUUGGCCGAAGCUCUUCUCCCUUACUAUGCUUUGGCCGCCGAGGUUGUCCCCAACGCGCUGGGGGAGCCCGAGCUUCUGUGUAACAAUCGAGGGGUGGAUUUCGUGGAGGCUUAUGCAGAUAUUGAGCUUCGAAACCUUAACUUCCAUAACCCUGAUGAGAGCGUUGAAGGUAAACUCGUACCUAAGAAGAAACAUGGCGUGAUGGCCGUUCAGGCAACUGAACUUAAAUGUGGUGGUAUAGUGGUGGGAUGCUCGUUCGAUCAUCGAGUAUCUGAUGCAUACACAGCCAACAUGUUCCUUGUGUCAUGGGCCGAACUAGCUCAGUCGAAACCGGUUUCAGUGGUCCCGAGUUUUCGUCGAUCACUGUUGAAUCCGAGACGACCAGGGUGCAUCGACCCUUCCCUGGACGACUGUUACGUGUCGAUAUCGUCUUUGCCACCUCCCGAAGAAAACUAUGAACCAACUGAUCAUCUCAUAAGUCGGAUGUAUUACGUUAAUGCCGACCAACUCAAUGAGCUUCAGUCACUCGCCUCCUCCGACGGCGAGAAAAGGACCAAGCUCGAGUCGUUUAGCGCGUAUUUGUGGAAGAUGGUGGCAACUUACACUGUCGAUAAAGAUAGAAGAAAGAUAUCGAAAUUGGGGAUUGUUGUGGAUGGGAGAGCAAGGCUUGGCGAAGGAGAUCCGGUCAGGGCCACUGUCAUGAGAUCUCACUUUGGAAAUGUGCUAUCCAUUCCGUACGGAUCCGAAACAAUCGGUGAGCUAACCGAAAAGCCUUUAUGUUCGGUGGCAAAACAAAUCCACGAGUUUCUAAAACCCGCGACGACAAAGGAACAUUUCCUAGGAGCGAUUGAUUGGGUCGAAGCUCACCGCCCCGAGCCCGCGAUGACAAGGGUGUACAAUGUUGUGAAGGAUGAUGGACCGGCGUUGGUCGUUUCGUCGGGGCUGCGGUUCCCGGUUUCAAAUGUGGAUUUUGGAUGGGGUUGCCCUGCUUUUGGGUCAUACCAUUUCCCAUGGGGUGGUCUUUGUGGGUACGUUAUGCCGAUGCCUAGUACAGCGAGAGAUGGUGAUUGGGUUGUCUACAUGCUACUAUUGAAAGGGCAGUUGGAACAGAUAGAAAAAGAGGCUGCACAUGUUUUCAGGCCCUUGACGUCUGAUUACCUUGAUCUCUAGGUUUCAUGUUGGGUAAGUAAA